CCAAAAUAAUUAUUAGUAGAAGAAACACCAGGGCAAAGACUUUUUCUGCGUCUUCUCUUUCUAAGAGAAUAGGAUAGAGAAUUUGGUUUAUUUCACUAUCAGAUUCUUCUUCUUCUUCUUCUUCUUCCUAUAAGGUAACCUUUCUAAAUUCUUCAUUUCUUCUCCUCUCUCAUCACUUUGCUUUUUGCUUUACAGUAUCUCUACUUCAAUAAGUGUACUACCUAUCUGUUCCCCUCUCCCUUAAUCAUUGUUCUAUUGAAUUUCACUCUAAUUUCUCAACUUCAUAAAACAAACAAACAGUAAUGGAUUUUACUUAAUGUAUUGAUCUAACUGGCACAGACAUCAAAAAGUCAUAUGGCUGUAUCUGUUCGUCAAAUGUCUCUUAUUGUAGCCACCCUGGGGGCACUGUCCUUUAUUUUUGGGAUAGUCGUAGAAAAUAAAAGGCUUGCAGCUGGAAUUCCUAUUCCUGGAAAAAGUGGUGUUGUUUGCAAGUAUCCUUCUGAUCCCACUAUUGUCUUGGGAUAUCUAUCUUUUGCAUUUCUUUUAUAUCUUCAGUCGCUGGCUAUCUCUCUCUCUAUCUUUUAUCCUUAUAAAGGCAAAUCUGUUCCUCACUCUGCCCUCUUUUGAAGUUCCACUUUCUCCGUCUUCUUCAGCAUGUCCUUGUUUACUGGGGGAUUAGCAGCAUUUUUGCUGUUAUGGCCAACAGUCACGGAGCAGAUUCAGUCGACUCGCAAAUUUCAAGGUAAUCUCUAGUCAAAUUGCCCUCUGCUGGGUGGUAGUGCAUUUGUUUCUCUUGAUUCGGCACUCUUCUGGCUACUUUCCCUUAUGUCAGCCGAUAAUGCCCGAGAAGGCUACUUUGACGAGGUGGAAAGUGAUUGCAAGGGUGAGCAUGGUCAGGUUCUAACAGAUGAAUAUGAUGAUGAUGAUGCAUCCGCACAUCUCAAGGGCGCUGCAUAAGUGGGAUGGCCUGUUGUAUGUCUUUGGCUUUAGAUUCUCCUGUGUCUAUUUGCUUCCAAUUCACGCUAAUCCAUCCCAUCAAAAUCAGAUGGUUUUGUUAUUUUAAUUGGGCUGGCUUUAUUUUUAGCCUGCAGCUGGAAUUCCUAUUCCUGGAAAAAGUGGUGUUGUUUGCAAGUAUCCUUCUGAUCCCAAUGUUGUCUUGGGAUAUCUAUCUUUUGCAUUUCUUUUAUAUCUUCAGUCGCUGGCUAUCUCUCUCCCUCUCUCUCUUUUAUCCUUAUAAAGGCAAAUCUGUUCCUCACUCUGCCCUCUUUUGAAGUUCCACUUUCUCCGUCUUCUUCAGCAUUUCCUUGUUUACUGGGGAAUUAGCAGCAUUUUUGCUGUUAUGGCCAACAGUCACGGAGCAGAUUCAGUCGACUCGCAAAUUUCAAGGUAACCUCGAGUCAAAUUGCCCGUCUGCUGGGUGGUGGUGCAUUUGUUUCUCUUGAUUCGGCACUCUUCUGGCUACUUUCCCUUGUGUCAGCCGAUAAUGCCCGAGAAGGCUACUUUGACGAGGUGGAAAGUGAUUGCAAGGGUGAGCAUGGUCAGGUUCUAACAGAUGAAUAUGAUGAUGCAUCCGCACAUCUCAAGGGCGCUGCAUAAGUGGGAUGGCCUGGUGUAUGUCUUUGGCUUUAGAUUCUCCGGUGUUGCAUAAAUAAAUAAAUAAAAUAAUUACCAUUUAUCAUUUCAAGACAAUUUUAUUUUAUAUAUGGGAAGAAAUUUAUUAUUGAAUUAGUUUAAA